CGCUGUCCCGCUGACUGUUUUCCUCGUGUGAGCGCAGAGCUGCCGCUGCUGCUGAUGUAACGGGUCACACUGACAGAAGUUCAGCGAGCGGACCCUCCUAACGGACCUCAACCGGACUACAUUUACGGACAUCGGCCAAAGGGAGUCUUUACGAAGCAUUAAAAGGAAAACCAUAUCAUAUGCUUAAAUCUGGGUUCUGCUCUGGCGGAGCGAAGUAACAGACCCGGACUGAGGAUUGUGGCGGUCUGGGACUGCAGACUCACGCAGUGAUAAGAGCAGCAUGCAGACCAGAGAGCUUGCAACAGGUGCCUGCAGAGGUGAGGAAUGACAUCAUCCAGAUGAGAGGCAUGGAACUGAAGGUAUGGGUGGAUGGAGUGCAGCGCAUUGUCUGCGGGGUCACAGAAGUCACCACAUGUCAAGAGGUUGUUAUCGCUUUGGCCCAAGCAAUAGGGCGGACAGGUCGCUACACGCUGAUUGAAAAAUGGCACGAGACAGAGAGGCACCUGGCCCCCAAUGAGAAUCCUGUGGUUUCACUGAAUAAGUGGGGUCAGUACGCUAGUGAUGUGCAGUUGGUGCUUCAACGUACAGGCCCAUCUCUGAGUGAGCGCCCCACCUCAGACACCUCUGAAAUGACCCCAGAGCGCAGCUUAUACCGCCAAAGUCUCCCUCCCUUGGCAAAGCUACGCCCCAUAGCCAACGACCGUUCCCUCAAACGUCGCGAACCAAAACGCAAGUCUCUCACUUUCACCGGUGGUGCCAAGGGGUUACGUGAGAUCUUCGGGAAGAAUCGUGAGGGUGAGGCCAAACAGAGAACAGUAAAUACAAACCGCAGCAGCACUCCAGCCCCUACACAGGAGCUGUCCCGCCUGGUGCAGUUGCAGAAGGACAAGUUGCACAUCCUAGAGCAGAAACUGCAACACUGCGAGACUGAGUUGCAGCGGCAAUUAACGGAGGAAGAAGAAGAGGAGCUGGUCAAACUAGAGCAGCAGGUCCGCAGGAAUGAGGUGGAGAUGAAAGAGCAUGAUUUCUGGGAGAAUGAGUUGAAGCUUGAGCAGGACAAUGAGAGACAACUUCGUGAGCAACUGCAGGAACUGCGCAGCCGUGUACAGGAGUGCGAGGAGCAGCUGGGAGAGUACCUAGCACGUAUUCAGUGCAUGGAAGCAGGGCUGGAUGCAGAGCGCCUGAAACAAGAGCUGAUAGAGACCCGGCUAGCAGAUGAAAUGGAAGUCCGGUCACGACUGGACAAGGCUUGUGCCGAGCUAGACAUACAGGUGCAGCAGGCUGCAAGACUGGAGAGCAGCUGCAGAGCUGUGGAGCUUUCACUUGGGCAGUCAAACAUCAGGCUACAGGAGAGGGAGCAGGAGCUGGAACAGUUAACUAAGCAGCUGAGGCAGGUGAACCUUCAACAGUUUAUUCAACAGACUGGCACCAAAGUAACAGUUCUACCAGCAGACCCUGGUGAGGAGGAAGCUAACACAGAGUCAGAAAAUCAGUCUGGAUCUCUGAAGCGGCUUGGAUCAGCUCGACAACUUCCCGCUGACCUACGAGCUCUGCAGAGCCCGCUGAACACGACCUUUAACUCAGAAGGCAUCUACGUCUGAUUUUGCACUGGGCAUCAACAUUUAAACACAGUCUGCACUUCCCACAUGACUCCAUAUCACUCUGAGACCAUGAAGAUUUCCUAUGGAGAGAUCACACUCCCUGGAAUUACAGAGGUAUCUGUUGUUGGCUCUACAGAUUCAUCAACAAGCAGCGAGUGUUUUUUACGGUGAUGAUUGCUUUGUCUUGAUGGCUGUUUGACUAAUUCAACCCAAUCAGUGCUUUUUCCAAAUCCUACAAAGACUCCAGCUGAAUGUAUGCACAAUUUCACUGGACCCAAAGCGCAGUAAGGCUUUGAAUACGUCUUGAACAUGGCAACUACUGAACACACACAGAAUACAUGCUGACUCAGCCUAUGUUCAAUCCAUCAAACUUCUGGUGCAAGUUAGAAAAUGCAGCAUUAUUAUGUCUUUCAUUUCUAGAAUGUUUCUGAAUCUCCUUAAACCUCAUACUCGAUGCGAUUAUGCAAGCAGAAGGAAUUUAAGGGAGAUGCAAUGAGAUCGUUGAGGAUGAUAAAUUAUGCAGUUUAUUUUUUAUGGCUCAUAGUCGUGAUGAAAGCUCAUAGAAAGGUGUGGGGUUUCACCUUAGUUUGCACUUUAUUGGCCAAAACAUCUGCUGUGGAAUUUUACUGAAAUCUUAAAAGCUGAAGAAUCAUUUUCCACGUUUGAUUACGCUAUUCAGGAAAACAGGUGCAUGCAAUAUUUUAAAGCCGUGUGAGAGUGAGUAAGAGAGGUGUUUUUGCAUGAAAGCAGCUUGUGGCGAGUGAAAUUUGGUACCUUUUAAAAUAAAACAAAGGAACCUGGUUUUGUGCUGAACAGCUUAAUAAAAAAUAAAAAAAGCCUUUUACAUUAUGCAAGUACAAUGUAGUUACGCACAAGUCGUGAUGACUGUCCUAGAUCAACGUGUUCUGCUUAAGCUUUCAGUGAACCUUUUUGGCCAAUAAAUGCAUUUUAUUUCUGACACAAA